ACGAGGCAGCACUUACGUUCCAGGCUUUUUCAUUACUCGCAACUCUCUCUUCAGCUCGGUAGGAUUAAAAGACAAGUUAAUGUGUCCAGUGCCAGUGCCAGUGUAUGCAAGAAUUAAAUAAACAAUAUAGAUCGUAUCUAUUAAAUACUACUGCCAAUAGAUGAAGAUGUAUCAUGAACAAUGCUCAGUACUUUCAUCAUAACGUCACAUUGAAUAAAAUUUCAUUUAUAUAAAAUUGUGAACAGGGAUCUGCAUCCCUAAACACAAUACUGAUAAUGGAAUAAUAGGAUUGUUAUCAAAAUUAGUGUGGAUAUAUUUUUUAAAAGAUAGUAUUUCAAAUUUCAAAUCUUUAUAGAGUGAUAAACUAGUGAUAGACUUGAGACUUUAUUAAUGGAUUGAUGUAGGAUUGUCAUUAUUGAUUAUCAUAUUUGAGAGAGAUUGCAGUGGAGAUUUGAGUUAACGAUGAAUCGAUAUUAAUGGUUAAUCAGUGAGAUUACGAGGUGUUUCAUUGUGCGAUGAACGUCAACGUUUUUUUGAUUAUUUUCACGAUUUGUUGGAUCAAUUUUCUCGGUGAUCCUGUUGUUGCUGAAAGAUGGUCAAGUGCUCUCGACGAGACUCUAGAUGAGAAAAAUGAUGCUGAAAUAUUUAAGGCGGUUGUUGAGUCCAUGAAACAAUGGGAAUUGCAUAAGACUUCACGCAGAGUAAAGAGAGAAGCCUCCAGAGUAUGCUACGAAGAUGUCGGGUGUUUCGAGGACACUGGGCCUUUUAAUUACCUAGAGAUGUUACCAUCACCUCCAAAAGAAGUAGGCACAAGAUUCUUCGUCUAUGGAACUCGAAAGGCACGGUCUGUACCCAUGGAAGUAGCUGCCGAUGACAUGAGUGAAAAAGUAAAUAAUGCAAUUGACCCAGAAUUGACAACCAAAGUCAUUGUUCAUGGGUUUGGAUCAGGCUGUGAUCAUAUCUGGGUUUACGAGAUGAGAUCUGCUUUAAUGUCGGUGCAUGACUGUAAUAUUGUUUGUGUGGACUGGAGUCCAGGUAGUGUUCUUCCGAAUUAUGUGAGAGCUGCCGCAAAUACUCGUCUCGUAGGAAGGCAACUAGCGAAGCUGAUUAGAGGACUUAAUGUGUCUCUCGAGAAAGUCCACUUUAUUGGAUUUAGUCUGGGAGCUCACGUUGCGGGAUUCGCUGGAGCAGAGCUGGGAAAUGUAUCGAGGAUCACAGGUCUCGAUCCUGCAGGUCCCCUCUUCGAAUCUCAGGAUCCUCGAGCACGAUUGGAUGAGACAGAUGCUAAUUUUGUAGAUGUGAUACAUAGCAACGGGGAGCAGUUAAUCUUAGGGGGAUUAGGUUCUUGGCAACCUAUGGGAGACGUCGAUUUUUAUCCGAAUGGAGGAAGAAUGCAAAGUGGAUGCUCAAAUCUCUUUGUUGGUGCUGUGUCUGAUAUCAUUUGGACUGGAUCCAUCGAAGGCCGAUCGCUUUGCAAUCAUCGCAGAGCUUAUAAGCUUUUUACCGAUUCUAUCAGUCCAAAAUGUCGUUUCCCAGCAUUCCCUUGUGAAAAAGGGUACGAUGGUUUACUUCAGGGCCAUUGUUUCCCAUGUGGUCAGGACCGUCCAUGUGGAGACAUGGGAUACUACUCUGACUCUUCCAAUGCACGUGGGCAAUUAUAUCUUGUGACCAGAGAAGAAGAACCAUUCUGUGCCCAUCAGUACCAGAUAAAACUUUACAACAGUCGCAGUGAAAGACCCACAAGGAGUUAUGGUAAAUUACAAGUUACACUUGUUGGUGCUGGUGGAUUCAACGAAACUUUCACCAUGACAAAAAAGGAUGAUGAAGAACUAAUGGUUGGAGCAAUACUUCAUAAAAUUGUCGUGCCUCAUCCAGUUAUUAUUAAUUUAGAAGUCAUUGAGGUGAAAUACACAGCCUAUAGUGGAUGGAUAUCUUCUGGUCUUGUUUCCUGGAGUAUCGAUAAGGUUUCCAUCUUUGAUAGCUUCGGUAAAAGCCUUUCAAUCUGUCGCCGAGGGCUAAUUCUCGAAUCAGGGCAUCCUGUACAACUUCCUUUGUUCUCCGGGGAGUGCAAUAUUCCUGAAGAAUUGGAUACUUUUUCUACUGACUCGACAGGAAACGCCACGAAUUCCUCUUCAAGUACAACGAAAGCAUCGAACGAUUCUGAAGGAAAUGGCGCAAGGAAUAAAACUAAUGGAAUAGGUCCCUUCACAACGGACCAAGGCUUCGAAACAAGCUUGAACAGAAAGGACAGUUACACGGCAGACUUUCCCUCAGAUCGUACGCAUCCGUCUAAAAACAUUGGACCCUUUACAAAGGAUCAGAAUCUCCGAGUUUACGAAGACACUCUUGCAAAUGCCACCGAAGAUCCCAAACAGACUAUUUGGACCUUCGUAGAUCUGAAUGAGGCGGGAAACGCCUUGGAUAACCUUGAAACUGAAUCAGGACGAAGCUUCCCCAACUCUGCCUCCAUCGCUCAAGUUUCUAAAGCUACCUCCCACUCCCAGAACCCCAUAUCACCAUCUGCAAAUACUAGAACUUUCACAGAAAUUCAAGAACCCGUUUUGCAAGUCAAAAAGAAGGAGAUGGGAAGAUCAAUGCGGCUCCCUGAAAUAACGGAACCCAUUCUUACACCCCGAAAUACUCGACAAAACCAAGAUACUCAUCUCAAAGACGAUGACGAUAGACAAGUAUCUGGUAAAAAUGAUGAUAAUGAUUUGAAGGUAUUCACUGUACAAUUUUUACCAGAAAGAUUGGCGGGAAUUUUGGCUCAGGCUGAGAGAUACGCUCGGCAGACACUUCUUCCUUUGAUUUCUCAAUACACACCGUCUUUCAUUAAUAGUCCUCGAAAAGAACGUUUGAAGUACUUCCCUUCUCUUUCAGAAAUAUCUCAGGAUGACGAUAAAACGAGUGAACUAACUGCAUUCAAUAGAAAAGGCUUUGUCACUAAUUCUCCUAUUGGAGAGAAUAAGGGAAGAUUCAACGAAAAUGUUUCAGAAGAUAAGGAGGAAGACUGGGUUCCGAUUCCAUUUUCGGCAGUUGUGCCGAAUGCAAACGAUAGCAAUGAGAGCAGUUUCAAGAAUUCUGAUAAUUCGGAAGGAAAAUGGAUCACUCGAAAUGAGAAGGCAUUAGUUACAGUACAGCAAAAUGGAGUUGAGAUUAACAGUGAGAAAAUUUUGGAAAAUACCUCAAUAGUAAAUGGCACAGGUACUGUAGGCGGGAAGACUGAUGAUGAUAAUGGUUGGGUCCCUAUAAUCGAUAGAUUGAAGAAUCAAAGUUCAAAUAUGCCUACUUUAAAUGAAAACAAUACCUCUUCAGUCACCCCUUUGAAUUCCGAUGGCGGGAAAAGUGACCAAAAAUUCAUUCCGUUGAUUGAUUUCCAAACACCUGAUUCAGCACUUAAUGAUGACCAAGGCGGUAUAAAAGUCAGGUCAACAACUGAGGACAUUCUUCCAAACAUAAAAAAAAAUGAGGAGAAUAAGGGGGAAAUGAAGAGUAGCUUUAGAAUGUUGGAGACUCAGGCAAUGGCCUUUCCUUACGCUUAUGAGAAAAAGACGAAUCCUAGGACGAUAUACAUUCCAUUAGUUCCUGAAGAGGAUAUUACGAGGAAGAUGAGUAUGAGUGGAACGGAAGAGUGAUCAUUUUCAUUAAUUGCAAAAAUUUCAAGGAUGAAUAAAAUGAAUUCAGUUUGUAUAGAAAUUCGACGCAUGUUAUACAAAUUAAUGCACUGAUAGAACGGUUUAGCUAUGGUUAAUCAGUAUAGGCUUGAAUAAUCAACCGAUUGUUCGUCAAUAAGAAACGAAUUUUGAUUGGACUAAACGUAUCAUUCUUUCAGAGUAGUUUAGUAACAAUUGUUGAAAAUUCUUUUUUUGUAUAAUGUUAUUUAUUAUUUACAAAAAGUAAUCCUAAUAUUUUAUCAUAUCGCUCAUGUUUAAGAUAAUUGACCAAUUAA